GUGGUGUCCCCCAGGGGUCAAUCCUUGGACCCGUAUUGUUUAACGUAGUCAUCGACGACCUGGGCGAGGGGACAGAGUGUACGCUCAGCAAGUUCCCUGGUGGUACCAAACUGGGAGGGGUGGCUGAGACCCCAGAGGGCCGUGGUGCCACCCAGCAUGACCUGGACAGGCCGGAGAGCUGGGCGGAGAAGAACCUCAUGAGGUUCAACAAGGACAAGCGUAGGGCCCUGUACCUGGGGAGGAAGAACGUCAGACACUGGUGUAGGUUAGGGGGGGACCUGCUGGAAAGCAGUUCUGAAGAAAAGGACCUGGGGGUCUUGGUAGACAGUCAAUUAUCCAUGAGCCAGCGAUGUGCCCUUGUCGCCAAGAAGGCCAAGGGAAUUCUGGGCUGCAUAGGGAAGAGUGUGGCCAGCAGGUCCGGGGAGGUCUUUCUCCCCCUCUACUCUGCCCUGGUGAGGCCACAACUGGAAUACUGUGUCCAGCUCUGGGCUCCCCAGUUCAAGAGAGACACGGAACUACUGGAGAGAGUCCAGCGGAGGGCAACAAAGAUGAUGGAGGGAUUGGAGCAUCUCCCUUAUGAGGAAAGGCUGAGAGAGCUGGGACUCUUUAGCCUGGAGAAGAGAAGGCCGAGGGGAGACCUUAUUAACGUUGACAAGUAUCUAAAGGGUGGGUUUAAGGAGGAUGAAGCCAGGCUCUUUUCAGUGGUUCCCAGUGACAGGAGGAGGGGUGAUGGGCACAAGCUGGAACAUAGGAAGUUCCCAUCAAAUAUGAGGAAAAACUUCUUUACGGUGAGGGUGACGGAGCGCUGGAACGGGCUGCCCAGGGAGGGUGCGGAGUCCCCUUCUCUGGAGACUUUCAAGAGCCGCCUGGACGCAGCCCUGAGUGAUGUGCUCUGGGCAAUCCUGCUUUAGCAGGGGAGUGGGACCGGAUGAUCUCUAGAGGUCCCUUCCAACUCUGACCAAAAAAAUCCCGUAAAAAAAUUCCGUAAAAAAAAUGCUCCUGCCCUGCGGUUUUGGAGACUCACGAUUAAAUCGCUGGUGGAUUUUUUGGGGCUGUUGUAGGGUUUAGCCAGCCCUGAAAGACUAUUUAUCCCCACGCACCGUGGUCAGCAGGCUCCGUCCUCUCGAUAUUCCCCUUCCAGAAGGUAAAACUCACCUCUGGAGGAAAACCUCUGCCUUGCUUAGCCUUGUUCUAAACACAUCGAGUUUUUUAAACCCGAUAUGUUCAGGUUUUUCGGCCUCCUCGAGGCUGAACUCUGCAUCCCCGAGGUUAUCCCAGCCACGCCAGCCCCGCGUUAUCCAGCCCAUUGAAGCCCAUUUAUCCCUCCCCGCGCAGGAGGGGGAUACGAGUGACGUUGGCUCCGCGUAUCGAAGCUUUAUCCGACGGGAGAAGUCCGAUGUGAGUUGAGCCCGGCGGGCACAGACGGGAAGAGCCAUCGCCGGCGCGGCCCCGGCUGCACGGGUCGGGCAGGAUGAGGCCCCGCGACGCCUGGUGCUGGGUGGCCAUGCUGCUGCUCGCCCUCUUCAGCGACGUUGCCGGCGGCCGCCGCGGUGCCGGCGGGAGAACCGGCGGGCGAGGAGGCGGCGGCGGCGGCGGCGGAGGCGGGGGGCUGCGUGGGGGCUUUCGGGCCGUCUCCCGCAGCGGUGGCACCCCCGGCCGUGGCUCGAAGGUGGCAGGGGCCAUCGCGGCCGGCGCUGCCGCGGGGUACGGCAUGGGGCUUUUGGGGCGCCCGCGGCCAUCCCGCCUGGGUCACGGCGUCCC